AUGGAGAAACUAGAUUAUUUCCAUGUUUUCAGUGCUCAAGGAUCCAUGAAAGUUAAACUUUUCGCAGCCAACCAAUCUGAAAAGAAGCGGAAUCACCGUCAAAUCAUCGACAAUCAAGAAAACAGCCAUGCUUCCACUGAGUUAACCCUUUCUUGCUGGUUUCCAAGCAUGAUCAAGAAACCUAGAACCACCCGAAUCAGUUCAUCAUCCUUCCUUCACAGUUCUAUCGUUGUUUCAACUCGGCCAGCAAAGGAGGAAGUUUCCACUAAACUAAAACUGUUCGAUGAAACUUGGGUCGCUGAUCAUGAUGCCGAACCUGAUGGAGUAUCCAAAGAGUCCUCAGAAUUGAAAACGCUCGCCCGAGAUACUGCAAAUGAGAGGGUUUACAGUCCUGAAGAGGAGAGAAAGAUGAGGCUGAAGCAUCUUGUUUGGACCAAACUGGUGCUUUAUGAUCCAUGGAAGAUUAAGAAGAGGCUAACUGGUAGUGAUCUUGGUAAUCAUUGCAGACUUGAUAUUGUUGAGAAGAUCAGAGGAGAAGGUGCUGAAUUUUGCUUCUGGGAUUGUGAUACAAACACCGAGUUGAAUCUGGUUUUAAAGUAUUGGCAUACAUCAAAGAGUUACGUCUUCAACAAAGGGUGGCCAAAUAAUUUUGUGAAGAGAAGAAACUUGGUUGAAGGAGAUUUGAUUGGGAUUUAUUGGGAUUCAACAAAGAAAAUAUUCAAUUUUGCUGUGCUUGAAAGAGCUUCUAAGGUCUACCCAUGA